CAUGGAGAGCGGAGCAUCCUGCCGCGCGCACGCGCUAUGGAGCGGGGAGCCGGCUGCGCCGGGGGCUGCGGCCCAGGCCGCGGGUAACCCCCGGAGCGCUCUGACAAGCUAUGUGGGUCCCAAAUGCCAUGAGGAGAGGCCACCGUGCAGGGUCCAGGGUGACAGGCCUGAGGUACCCGUGGAGAGGCUCUCGUGCGGCGGUGAGGCGCUGUCAACCACCACCAAGAGGCUCCAUGAGAUGUCAGCCAUAGCCACGCCGCCCGAGGAGAUAUCAGACACAGAUGAGCUGCCUACUGUGGCCCUACCAGUUGUGCCCAACAGGGAGCCAUCUCCAGAGUCUGGGAAGGAUCCCUCUAGGAUCAAGCUGCCUCCCUGGCUUGGAAAGUGGGGGACUAGCCCCGAGAAGGAUUCCCCCACUGCUGUGCCGGCACUACCCCCAAGCCCACCCACACCAGCAGAGAAGCCCAGCCAGUCGGUGCCCCAGCGGAGCCGUGUGACCCGUGACUGGCAGAAGGAGAUAAUUGUGGACCCCCUGGACUCUCGGCUAGGGAAGGAUUUGGACAAUGAGGACUUCCAGCAUGGCUACCAUAGUCUGCCAAUCCAUCAGUUUCUCUCCUCACUCACUGACAGCUCCUCCCCGAAGGACUGCCCACCUCCCAGGGUCCUGCUGCUGGGGCAAGGGCAGAGGAAGGCCACACUGGCAUCCAUGCUCUACGAGAAAUACAGUAAGGAGACGGAGGAGGAGAUCCGCCCCCGCCCGAGGCGCAUGGAAUCUAUCUCCACCACGCACAACGACUACCGUGCCAUGGGUUUCCAGUCCACACCCCAGCCCACCACCCAGCCUCACGACUACUUAACGGAGGAGCCAACCAGCUUCUGGCUGGAGCAAGCCCGUGGACUGCCAGGUGUCACCGCCUUCUUUGGCAGAAACAAUCCCUUCAAGAAGAAUGCAGCAUUCUCCACUCCCAUUACCCUGUACCUAGGGCAUCCCGAGCCCUUUAACCUCUGUGACCCCUACGACCCCCUGAGCAGCCAGCUCCAGCCCCACAAGCAAUAAAAAAAGGGGACUCAGCCGGUCCCAGCACCCUUGCCCACCCCAAGGCUGUGCUCAGGCUGGAUGUUUGGUGGGGGAGCACUGUGUCUCUGGGAUCUCAAAUCCCAUGAGACCAUGAAGCAAAAUGGGAAACCCUUCAGACCUGUUGCAAGUCACUGUUUACCCAAAACACACUGUGGUCCCAAGAUUUCCUCCUUAGGCGUGGAGGGAGAGCCCCUGGCACAGCCCCAUCCCCUGGGACACGUCCCCUCCCGGCACACAAAGUGGGUGACACACAGUCCUUGUUCCAGUCCCCAGGCACAGGUGUGUUCCAGUAAGAGGCGGCAGCAGGGCAGCCAGAGCAUGAGCUCAGAGGAACGCACUGCAGCCCUCACGCCAAAGCAAACCCACGGCAGCCCUGCCUUCCCAGCACCACCCAAGCCCUCAGCAGCCGCUGCUGCAACCGCCCAGCACUGGCUCCCCUUGCCCACAGCCCGGCCCUAUACCACAGACAGACCCCUGGGAUAUGAUCUCUUGGGAUGUUUCAGGCAGCUGUCGCCAGC